AUGUCUUUGCCACUGUCCAAUGAUGUCCUCCUCCUGGUUGGGGAGUACCUGGAAGACCACCAAGACCGAUAUAAUCUUGUCUUUGUAUGUCGACGCUUUCAUGAUCUCUUCCUGCGUCUAGUCUAUAGAUCUGCGACGCUCAAGAGUUGUGCGCAAACCCGAUCUUUUUUACAUGCCAUUCUCCGUAAGCCCGAGCUGGCUCGGUCAGUGCGGAGUGUGCACUUUGAUGAUUGGCAACAACAUCAUUCCUUCUCUUCUACCUCCUCGUCCGAGCAGGAUAUGACAUCAUUGAAUAAUUGGGCUGAGACUAUUAGCCAUUCUCAUGAGGAAUAUGUCAAAUGGGAGCAGGAUCUUCGCCAAGGCGUCGAGGAGGCCUGGAUAGCACUCCUUUUACCCUUGGUGAACAAUCUUAGACAGCUUCGAUUGGUGUAUCCGAAGAAAAACGUAUACCUCGAUCGAAUGCUGCAGAGGGUCAUGAAGGGCGAGAAACCCUUUGAUGCGCAGCCCGCAUUCAGCAUGUUGCAAGAGGUAUCUCUCAGCCAUCAAGAUUCCGAGGAGGAUACCAAAGGCAGCUAUAUGCCAUCGCAGAUCUUGCCAUUUUUCCAAUUGCCAUCAAUGCGGACGUUUUCAGCGGAUUCGGUGAUUGAGUCUAGCCCCCCGCAAGACGAUGAGCACAUAUCAACACCUAAGGCCCCGGUGGCCAGGUCCUCUCUGAUCUCGGAGAUUACUCUCAAUUCCAGCAAUGGUUCUCAAGGAAUGGAGAACUUAAUUGCUUCAUGCUCCUCACUCAAGUCUUUCAAGUAUCAGCACUCUGAUUCACACCUGCUUGCAGAGGGCUUCCAACCAUCCGCGUUUUACCGGUCGCUGGCAGGCAUCAAUGAAACCCACGAUGAAUGGUUCGGCAGCUUGGCAGAUUUUAUCGCGUUGGAAGACAUCCGAAUUCGCCUACCCAAUCUGCUCGAUAUCCGAUACCAACCUGAGCCCUCCACUGUGCUUACCGAUAUUUUGCCGCCGUCGGUAAAGUCUCUUUACGUUGAAGGCUGUAAAGAGAACACCCUGGGAAUGUUGAUUGGGCAGCUGAAAAUGGUGCUCAACAAGCGACAGACCCGCUUCUCUGGAUUGCGACGCUUAGAUAUUGAAGGUUUCUUCCAUGACGAGGAAGAUGAAGACGCCUCAGGAUACCAGGAGAGCGCGGCUACUACCGGGGGCCAGAAGACCAUCAAGCCACGAGUAUACGAGAUGGCUGAGCCACUCCGGGCGGCCUGCGCUGAGGCUGGGAUCGAAUUGUUCCUCCGCGACCGUGUGGUUUCAUAA